UUCAAUACUUCUUAACUUCCUUUUCUUUCUUCUCUUGCUAAAAAAAACUUCUCCUUUCUUUUAUACAACCCCAUUCUAAAUUUAGCAACUCUCCCUCUCUCCCCAAUCUGAAGAACAACAUCUUUCAAACCCAAAAACAGGGCCGUCUCCAUUAUAUGCAUUGUUAAAGUUCAAAACUUUCAUGGAAAUAGUGAAGUUUGCAUGACAAAGGACAUAAAUUUGUUGAUUGUCUGAGCAAAUUGAAGGAAUUUGCGAUCUGGGUUUUUGUAAAAUCGAGGAUCAAACACAUUUGAGGAGAAAUCCAUUUCAUAUGUUUUUGUCAUUUGCAAUCUGGACGUCCUUAUUGCUGGUUGGUAUGUUAAAAAAGUGGUAGGAAGUAGUGAAAUGGGUUAAAAUGGAUGGAAAAGAAGAUGGUGAAGCAUACGAAGAGCAGGCUUCCUCGCCUAUUCAGGUUUUGCAGGAGAUAUCCGAGGAGGCAUUUAAAAUGGCAGGGGAGACACUGCAAAACAUGUACUCGGGUAAUUCGAGCAUGCCGCCAUUGGCACCGGGGCAUAGACGCUCCCAAAGUGAAGUUGUAACUACGAGACACCGGCGCAGUAACAGCUUGCAGAAAUUGAAAUGUCAAAUGCAGAAGGCUUGGAAAUGGGGUAGCAAUUCGCGGGGUGAUUUGCAAUUGGCUUUCAAUCCUGAGGUUUUGGCAAACCAAAAACGCCAAUGGUAUCAGCUUCACUCCAGAUCAAAGGACCGUAUAAAAUUUACGGAGCCAGAUUCACUGUUUGAGCAUUUUAUUAUCGCGGGGCUUCAUCCUGAUGCUAACCUUGAGACUGUGGAGGGUGCAUUUGGCAAGAGAAGGAAAUGGGAGAUGGAUAUGAUAAACUCUGGAAUAGUAGACCUUAAAUUGCUACAGCAGCGGGGACCUCCAAUCCCAACAUUAGAACCUCAGAUACUUUUUAAAUAUCCUCCUGGGAAGCGGCUAGCAAUGCGUUUGAAAGAUUUAGCUGCCUUUUGUUUUCCUGGAGGGGUUAAGGCACGGUUAAUGGAGAAGACUCCGUCAUUAAGUGAUUUGAAUCAAGUUGUUUAUGGACAGGAGCAUUUAGGCAAAGAUGAUUUAGCAUUUAUUUUCUCACUCAAGGUGGCAGACAAUGCAACACUUUAUGGUAUUUGCCUACAUGUGUCAGAAAUUGUUCAGAGGCCUCCUGCUAUCUUAGGCAUCUCAUCCCCUCAUCCUCAUUCAUCUGGAGGACUCUUCCGUUUUUUGGUUUCUGCACCUCGAUGCUACUGUGUGCUAUCCAGAGUUCCUUUUUUUGAGUUACAUUAUGAGAUGCUCAAUAGUAUCAUUCAAGAGGAGCGUCUGAGUCGAAUAACACAAUUUGCUAGUGAAAUGUCCCUCCAUGAUUAUGUUCCUACAUUGCCCAAAGUACAUGAUGAAAUGAAUGAUCAUGAUGAUUCCCCUCAUAAGGAGUCAUUUGAUGAUUGGAUGGACUCUGCAAUACCUGUUGACAGUGCACUAGCCCUGACGGCUGCUGGUGCAGGAAUUAGAUCGGAUGAUGAGACUCCACCUUCACUCAAGUUAUGGGAACCUCAGUCCCCUGAAAGUGUUACUGCUAGUGAGAGUUCAGAUUUUAGUCAAGUACGGUAUUUAGACAAGGAUGGUAGAAAGGAUUCACAAUGUUCUGAUGACUAUGGUUUUGAGGCCGUAGAAACUCGCUCGGAGACUUCAGAAAGAAUAUAUGGAAGCUAUGGAAAUGGCCACACUUCUCCAGAGGUUGGGCCAUCUUUCUCCUCCAGGAAUCGCACAUUGGAGAGUCUUGGGAGUUCUGAAUAUCUAUUUAGAAAUGGCCAUACUUCUCCAGAGGUUGGGACAUCGUUUUCCUCCAGGAGUCGCACAUUGGAACGUCUUGGGAGUUCUGAAUCUCUAUUCAGUCCAGCUAGAAGCAUGGUAUCAGAGGAUGACGACGAUGACCUUUUCUCAAAUUGUGAGAAAGAGUUUGGUGAUGAAUUGAUAAUGGAAUGGGCUAGGGAGAAUAAGAACGAUUUGCUACAGAUUGUUUGUGGUUUUCAUGCUCUGCCUCUUCCCCAACCAGGAAGUGAACUAGCUUUUCAACCUCUUGAACAUCUACAGGCUAUUGAGUAUAGACGACCUCCAGUUACUGCCCUUGGUUUUGAUGAAAAAAGUUUAGAUUCGUUCGAAGAUCCUGGGGUCAAUGCUAAGUUGGCUGCUGCUGAGGAAGCUUUUGCACUAUCACUAUGGACGACUGCUACAAUUUGCCGAGUUCUCUCCCUUGAAAGCAUUUUAGCGUUGGUUGCGGGUGUAUUACUAGAAAAACAAGUGGUAGUAGUGUGUCCGAAUCUGGGUGUGCUAUCAGCUACAGUGUUAUCUCUCAUUCCCAUGAUUCGUCCAUUUCAAUGGCAGAGUUUAAUGCUUCCGGUUCUACCAGGGAAAAUGCUUGAUUUUCUUGACGCCCCAGUUCCGUUUAUUGUUGGGAUACAACAAAUUCCUGCAGAUCUAAAGAGGAAAGCAUGGGAUCCUGUUCAAGUUAAUGUGCAAAAGGAUCAGGUGAAAAUGUGUCAUUUGCCAACACUUCCAAGACAUAAAGAUCUAGCCUCUGAACUAGGGCCCAUCCAUGCUAGACUGUCACGUGAAGGUUCAUUUGCUAAAAAGCAUCCUGUAUAUAGGUGCAACGAAGUGCAGGUUGAAGCUGCAGGUCAGUUUUUAGAUGUCAUGAAGAACUACUUGGAGUCACUUUGUUCGGAGCUAAGGUCUUACACAAUAACGAGUGUACAAUCAAACAAUGACAGGGUUUCUUUACUUCUUAAAGAGAGCUUCAUUGAUUCCUUUCCUAGUAAGGAUCGGUCAUUUAUCAAGUUGUUCGUAGACACACAAAUGUUCACUGUUCUAUCGGACUCUCGCCUGUCAAGCUUCGAGAAUGUUGACGAAUCACAAGGCACAACUAAUUCAGAGUGAAGGGGCGGAAUGGCUUAUGGUCCUUUUGGUGAUAGCCUGUCCAGGAAUUUGCCAACCUAAUAUGGUUUGGGAGCCACGCCACUAUCUCUUUCCAACUGCUGGCUAAAGCCUGCGGCAAAUACUUUGUAACAUAAAGUUAUAGUCAAAAGUGCAAAAUCCCCACACCAACAUCUAUUGUGGUGCACACACUAAAGGAUCAGAAUCCCAAUUAUUUUAUGGGAUUUGAUGUUGGAUCUAUAAGAAACUUCCAUCUCGUUCAAAAUCUUGUAAAUGUCAAUAGACAAAACAUAGUAUUACGAGACUUUUUUCUGAUCAAAUAUGUUUUAGCCGCUGAUGCUUAACUUGUUA